ACGUCGCUAAGAGACGUUUCCCGGAUUCAGUUUUUCACUGAUGUAGUUCAUGCUGAUGACUGAUGUAUAAGGUUAAUCCUCAGUGUUGCAUUAAUGCCACUAACAGCAGUAUUUUGCUGCUACGAGUACACACAUAGUGACAUUACAAAGCACUAUAUUCAUGUGUAUGAAUUUGGUUAUCUUGACGAACUCUUGAGCCUGUAUUGAGAUUACAAGGAGUGUUUGCAAGGUAACGCAUGGCAACAAAUUCAACAAUUAUUAUUAUUGUGUGAUACAGUGAGAACCAGAAGAUUUUUUAUAAUGAAAGUAUAUUUCAAAUGAUUGUAUUCGUCAUAUCCACUUUAUUUUAUAUCCAAUAUAUUAUUUUCUGUUAUUACGAAUUGGGGAAAGUAAGUGUGGGGACAUUGCCUCAAUUACUAGUAACUGAGCUAAAUUAUUAAAACUUGAUUACAACAAUGUCUGUAAUUUGCAGACAUCAACCAUGAUGUACCCUGACGACCCCUGCCUUGGUAUCCCCAUCGAGAGCUGGAGUGCCUCCUCCCUCCCAGUUAGUCCCUCCUCCAGCUCCUCCAGCCUCAAUGACCUUGCCCCGAGUUUGUCCAACCAGUUUCUCCCAUCCUCAUGUUCCAGCAGGACCUCUUGCUCGGAGGUAUCAUUUGAUCUGGACCCCACCCCUAGCAGUUCCGAGCUGAGCCAGCUGUCUGGAAGAUCUUAUCAUGGUAGCCCUGAGGCUAGCUUCCUCUACCCUGACUAUCCUAGCUUUGUCUUUGGUUCCUCUCUUUUCAGAGUAACACCUGACUCAAGCUCCGCCAGCCUCAGCCCAAGAUGCAUUGAAAGCUGUUCUGAUCUCAGCCUUAGCUACAGCGAUGACAAGCUCAGCCAAACCACAAGCUCCACUAGUCUUGUUUCUGUCCAUCCGUCAGAGAGCAUCAUCUGUAUCAGCAGCUCGGAGAGUGUCAUUUCCAUCAGCAGCUCAGAGAGCGUCAUCUCCAUUACCAGCUCACACUCUGUCAUUUCUGUUGCCAGCUCAUCUUCAUGUGAUGAGGCAUCAGCACAGGCCUUCACCAACCCAUCCCAGCCUUCUCCCUCCCUGCCUGUCAAUCUGCAGACCCUGUUCUACCAUGACCUGCCCUACUAUCAGUGGACCUCCUUCUCCAACCCAGCCAGCCCCUCCAUCAGCUUCACUGACCUCCUCCUCCCUGCUACAUCUGUCAGCUGUUCUGAGACCCCGCUCACUGAGAUCCCAUGCUGCAGCUCCUCCAACUACUCUCCUGUGACUGGAUCCAUGCUUGUCAUCAGGGAUGUGGCAGACAGAAAGAGGAAGAGAGAUGAUGGUGGGGAUGACGACGAUGAUGAUGGAUUGCCUCUAAAGAGGCAGUGUCAGUAAGUGGGUUGACUGGUAAGUUGGUUCAACAGGUACCAGUUAAACAUUCUGUUGAGCCCAUAUUCUAUACAUUGUACAUACUCAUUAUUAUCUUGUCAUAUCCGUUUAAGUCCAUACUAUUUCCUGCUCAGCAUCUAUCUUGCCCUAUCCUGUUUUUAUUCCCCUCUGUCCUGUUUCAGUAUUGGUACUCGCCUACCAUCAAAACACAUGUAUUUUCAGUUCUAACUCCAACCCCUAUUUUCCCCAAAACAUUAUAUUUUCUUAUAACAAUACACUUGUCAAUGAUCAUUUUACGUUUCAGAAGGGAAUACAACGUGUGUAAUUAGUUAAAAUUUAGUUAAAAGUUAUGAUUUAGAGUUUAGUAUAAAGGAAUAAAUUAUUGUAAUGAAUAACGACAUUUUAAAAACUAAGUUUAAAAUGUAAAAUUAAAAAGUCAAAUUGAGAAACAUCAACAUAAAGAAUAUAUGAAUGUCAUAGAUAAUAUAGAAAUUGGAACAUUUGGAUGAAUAACUAAACUUGUCAUCACACUUGUCUAAGACGCUAGAAUAUGAUUUGAAUUGCCAGAAGGAUAUACAGUGUGUUUGUUGUUCAGAUUUUAGUACCCAGAUGAAUAAGUAUGAAUUAUUUCUUUUUAAAAGCUCAUUAAAUUAUUCAAUUAUUCUAAUGAAUAACAUGGAUGAUAGUUUAGACAUUCAGGUCGUAGUUAAAAGUAAUAUUUUGAUUAUUACUUAAUUGAGAAAUAUAAAAGGGAUAAACGUUCUCAUCAAAAUUGGGGAAAAGGACCGAUUAGCUGUAGUCAUCAGAUUUAAUUCAGGUUAUAGAGAGAUGGUUAAAAGUGACGUUUUGAUGAUUAAACUGCAGCAGAGUAAAGAGUGAGAAGGUUCUUUAUGGUAGUACUAAUAUAUAGGUGGAUACAUGGUGAUGCCACUUUUAAAGAAGAAAAGAAUAAACAUAAAAAUAAAUCAUUAUUUGAUUCUGACUUUUCAUAAUAUACAACAACAAAAAAUAGAUGUUAAGGAGUAACAUUUUAAUUAAACUUGGCAGAUGUAGGGGUAAACAGGUCUUAAUCAAUAGCUAGUGGUACAUACUACAUAGAUGGCAAAGAGUGAAGGUGAGAUAAAUAAGUAAACUUGGCACUGCAAGAGGUCAAAUCUUUGUAGUCAAUAACAAAAAAAAGAUAACAGAGAGAUGAUUAUAAUACCAUUUUUAAAAAUAAAUAAACAUCCGUAUUGUAAGGAGAAAACGCCACUUACAGAUUAGUGAUCGAUGACUACAAUCGUUCUUUUCAUAAGUAGGAGGGGCGGUCGGGUAGCCUAGUGGUUAAAGCGUUCGCUCGUCACGCCGAAGACCCGGGUUCGAUUCCCGACAUGGGUACAAUGUGUGAAGCCCAUUUCUGGUGUCCCCUCCGUGAUAUUGCUGGAAUAUUGCUAAAAGCUGCGUAAAACCAUACUCACUCACUCACUCAUAAGCAGGUGUUGUAAUAGGGGCGUGUUUAAAUUACUGAAUAACUAACAUCCGUAAUGUAGGGAGUAAAGACUUUCAGUUAGCGGCUGGUAAGGGGUGGCUGUAGGGGAGGAGGAGGCCACAUUAUAUAUAAUACGCUAUGUGUACACAACAGCCUAACAGGUUAUUGCAGGUAAUAGGUAUAAAAUAGCAAAGCUUAAUAUCUUAGUAUUUUUCUAAUUAUGCCUUUAUGUUUUGUAUAAUUUAGCAACAGACGGUUUAGUGUACCGCUAUGAAGUUCACACAAAAUAAAACACUUGUUUAUUUUGGACUGGUUAUUUCAUCAGAUUUAUGUACAAUAAAUGUUUAUAAACUUUGUUAUGUGUUUUGUGAUAUGUACAGUGGUGUUUAUUGCCACGACUGUUCAUGGAGUGAGAUUAUUGACGUGUAAGUUG